AUGGCUGAAUUGUCUUGUGCGUUGUUUCAGCACCUCUUAAGCUACAUUGAUCAAUUACCAGAUCUGAUUCGUGCCUCAUUUGUUUGUCACUAUUGGCGAUCGUGUAUAACAGAUGAUGAACAUUUUCUUAAUCAAUGGUUUCAUCGAUCAUUGAAAUUCUCUCGAGAAUCACCUCUGAAUGGUUCGGCAAUGAAUGAAUAUCAACGAGAAUUAACACAAAAUAUCGAUCGAUCUGUUUCACCAACGAAUUUCCGAUCAAGUCAGUGUUACGUUUUACAAGUAAUUGAUCCAUUUUAUGUCAAUACGAGGAAAGAUUUCUUUGAACAACAAUAUCCCGAGUCAUUUUUUGAUGGAUAUUAUUCAUUUUCUUUUUGGCUCUUCUUACCUCGUCAAUGUGAAAUGAACGUUAGAAUUGGAACGACACAUGUUCUUGACUUACAUCACUGUCAUCAUACUGACAAACAAUACGGAUUUCGCGAUGAUAAACAAACUCUCUUCGAUAAUCAAUGGAUACAUCUUGUUAUAACCAAUAGUGAAUCACAAAGUGGUUAUUGUAAAUGGAUAAAUGCGCAAAACAUAAACUCAUUUAAUCUUCAUCAAACGUUUAACUCUCAUUUGAGUGGAAUUUCGCGGUCAAAUGCAAUUACGAUCACCUGUAAACGAAUUAACUAUUCAAUUGAAUCUCCAGUCGAAGCUCGAAUUGCUGAUUUAGCUGCCUUCAAACGAUGUUUGUCAACAAUAGAAAUUCGAGCGAUUUAUCAACAACAAAAAUGCAUCGAUAAAGUUCAAAUUGGCACCUAUAUGAUAAAUAGAAGAAAAAUAACUUCCAACUCAAUUUGA